AUGAAUCUAAUCGAGUAUCUGCUGGGUCUGCUGGCCUGCAGCUGUCUGCGGACAGGUCAGGCGUGGGCCAGCCGCUUGGAGGCGGAACAGUCCCGCACAGCUGGGCCUUUACUCUACUUGCUGGCCUAUCCGGCGGCCCUGCAACAGCUCGGUGGUGGUGCACUGCCCGGGAUCCCCAUUAGGAGGCCUCAAGACGAGACGCCCCUCAGCAGCCCCAACACCCAAGCCUCGCCUCUGGCCGACGAAGUGCCGAGCACGCAGAACAAUCUGAUACGCGAGCAGUUUCUGCAGGGAAUUCUGCAGGGCCUUCAGCAGUCGGCCGGCGGUGCUGGCGGACCCACCGUUUCCCCCGCUCUGCUAGCAGACUUUCUCUCCCAAGCCAGCAUCACCAGCACGAGCACCACUCGACUGCCGGCGAUUGAAAAAGAUGCCAACGAGGCGGAGAGCGAUGAGAACAUUGACUACAUAGACUUCAAGAAUGGUUCCCGCAUCAAGUACGAACUGGACGGAGAGCAAAAGCCGGUGAAUAAGAUUCUCCAGCAGACCACACGGCGUCCAGCAAUGGCUCGUCCCCGUCCCCAUCCACAGCGCCAGCCACAGCCACAGCCCUACCUCUACUAUCGACCCUACACCUCGUAUUACUACCGAGGGGGCUGA